UCUUCCCUCUGGUAGACACAACAUCGAGUACUCGAAAGGAUUGCCAGGCUCUAAUCUCCAGCUGCGUUCAGCUAAUUCCGCUUCAAGGUAGAAGCUGGAUGUCAGUCGGUUCUUGCUGAUCCUGGCAGGAUGCCCGCAGAUAAGGGAUGAGCAGUCUGCAUUGCCACUGGAAGAGUACGCAGAGGGAUGAGCGUUAGGUGCUUUUCACAGUAGCCAGGUCAAGAUGAUCAGCGUUGAUGUUGAAAUAAGCUUUGCUUUUCUCGGGAGGGUAAAUUGCCUUUGUUAUUGGUGCUGUAAUGCAUUUGUGUCUGCCUAAACAUCACCGAUAGAGAGUGCCACGGGGAGAGUUGUUGCAGCCCCCCAGCACGUGCUUGUGUGCUUGUUACAGCCGCGUGUUCGUUCCGUUCUGCUGCACCUCUGCUUUCCUCAUCUCUUGGGUCUUUUUCAGCUCCCUCCAGGCAACCCAGUCAGUGCAGAGCAUUACCCAGGAGUGAAGGCAAAAUUAUAUGAGCCAAGUUCUCCCCUGUUCUGUUGUCUGGUUCAGGGAUGAAGGCAGCUCCGUAGUUGCUCACGGUGGGAGCUGGCUUAUCCUGCAGUAGAGCAAGUGGUUGUGCGGCUGGCAACUGCUUAUCUGCAGGGGGUGUCGGGAUGUAACGGCUUAAUGGGCAAGCUGCAAAGCUGUCCUACUUUUGUGUGUUUUAAGUCACAGAGGUUAAAUACAGGGGGGUGGAAGAUCUAGGAAAUAGCAUGAGCUCCUACAAGGCCUUGCUUUUCCAUAGCUCUGGAAAACAAAGAAGUCUUAGCUGAUGGUUUUUGUCUAGUUGGCCUUGAUAAAAAAGCAGGUUUCUCCCACUACUGCUGCUGUUCCAAAAGCAAGGAUAGCAAGAGCAGCUGAACUUCAGAGGGUAAAAGUCUCUGCUGCACCUCUGACCUCGAGGAAAGCUGCAGUAACCUUUGUGGCCAGAACACCUCCCUGCAGAGGCACAGCAAAGGGCUGGUGUACCUUGGAGUCCUGUGUGUGUACAGGCAUUUUUUGUGGCAAAGUGUCAAUCGGCUCCAGUUUCCCUGUGAUGCACAUUAGGGGUGCUGCGGGGACAAGGGGAAAAUGCAAACUUUGCUGCCGCUGGCAGCGUUUGUCACUAAAGAAAGGGGACAGCCGUUCUGCCGAGGACAGUGUCUGAUGGCAGCAGCCCUGGGCAGCACAUUGAUCGGCGCAGAAAGUUAAAUGGCAAGCGCUUGGUUCCCAGUUAAAGGCACCCUGUUCAGCUGAUGUGGAGCUGUUUGCCCCCAGGUCCCACUGGUGGGCAGCAGCCCUUCGGCUGCUGAGGGGCCCCGGGAGGUCUAGGUCUGCCCCGGGACGGAACGGUCGCUCGUCCCAGGACAAGCAGUGGUGGGCACAGCCCCAGCUUCCCUGCGGUGUUACUGUCAGGUUGGGGGACAGCACGCAGGGUCUCUGAUCCCUUUGGGAACAGAAGCACCAUCACCUACAAGAGUGGCGUGAGGUGGAUGCUGGAGUCUGGCUGUUGUGCCUAAAACUUUGAUUUUUAUUCCUGAGGACUGCUAACUUUCUCCUUAAACAGCCUGAGUGACCAAAGAUCCCCAGGAGUGCCGGUGCCUGGCCCUUGGACGCAGGAGUCGGAGCGAAUUGCACAGGCUUUUACCUGAAAGCUAAGAGUAGUAGUUGAAAAUAAAUCACAAGCCCUUUGCUUGCAGAACGUGAAUCCCGAGCAGAGCAAAUGAGGGCUGGCAGAGCAGCAGCUGUCCUUACGGCCACCGAAAGCAGGGCAGGAGGAACGCUAAUCCCUCGCCAGGAGGAUUAGGCAGUUUAUCGAGCCCGAGCAAGGGGCCGAGCAGCAGCCAGAGCUGACGCCAGGCAGGAGAGGCAGCAGCUGCCCCGCCGCCGGGAGGGGUCCAGGCGUGGUGCAGCGCAGCGCCAGGGUGCCCAUGGGCAGGCAGCACGGCCCGCUGGUGCCGAGGUGGAGGCAGCUCCUGCGCGCUGGGUGCUGGUGGCUCCUGUCGCUCUCCGGGAUGGCGCUGCGGGGGCUGCAGUGGCUCUGGAGGCUGGCGUGGUACCUGCUGAUCUGCUACAAGAGCUGUUGGGACGGCGCCUUCCAGGUCACCGAGGAGCUCGGCGUGGCGCUGCGCUUGAGGCUGGAAGGUGGCAGCGAGGGGAGUGAGGAGGAGGACGGGGGUUCCCCACCGGCGCUGGAGCCUGGGCAGGCAGCGGCGGAGCGGCAGCAGCGCGGUGGUGUCAGCGAGGCUGUGCUGGCGAGGCUGGAGGCACUGGAGGCUGAUGUCCGCUUCCUCUGCACCGAGCUGGGCGCCGAGAAGCUGCUGUGGAGCAGCCGGUUCCUGGAGCUGCUGCGGGAGCAGCAAGGCCUGCACCAGCGGCUGCAGGAGCGCCCGUGGCAGUGGGACAGCGGCGACAACCCUGAGCUGCUGGGGGGGCUGGAGGACCAAAGUGCCAGUGGGAGCGAUGGAGAGAGCCUGGCAGGACGCCGGUGGACGGAGCCACGCUGGCAGCUGGCCCCGUGCCCGUGCCGCCUUUCGGAGCCAGCAGCUCCGUGACAGGCAGAAACCGUAAGUGAAGGUUUAAGUAGGGCAUCAGCGAGACAAGAAGGAGCCACCUGUCCCUCCCUGCUCAGGCACCACAGGACACAGGCCAGGACGGCGCGGUCCCAGUUGUGUUGCCGUGUCCCUGGACGUGCCCCCACCCCCCAGUGCCAGCCGGACCCUGCCCAGCCCCGCCGGUCCGCUGGGAGCAGGAGGCAGCUCAGCCUCCUGCACUGCCCAGGGCAGGUCACAGCCACCCCUUGCCACGGCCACCCCGGGGGCUGGCUGUGCCCUGGGCAGGUUGUCUCUGGUGGAGCCCAGCUACGAGCAUCUUCCUGAUCUGCUGCAACUUGCUGGGAGCUUCCUGGAGCAAGGAGUAAGGUCACCGCCAGCUCCUGUUCACCUUGCACAAGCUGGAGACACUGGGGUGACGGAUGGAUUGCAAAACCCAAGAGCUGCCCCGUUUACUUCCUCGUUGGCCGGAUAAGUCCCCUGCAGGAACUGCCCCACACAAGUUGCAACUCCCAGCUGGCUCCUUGCAACAGCACGUGGCUCUCGGGGGCGGCCGAGGGGCCCUCGUUCCUGGAGGAUGGCGCAGCCAGGGGGGCCGUGCCACGGGUGGAACAGGCUUGGGCAAACCUGCCUCUGCCCACUCCAAAGCGCUGGGUUGGGUCAGGCAGCCCCUGGCCCAGCAAAGGGAAAAGAAGGGGCCGGGGGGCGUUGCAGGAGGGUGCUGAGCCUCCCACCCCGCAGGAGGGCAGAUCUGGCACGGCUACAGGGCCCCACACGUGGCAGGAUCAGCCUUGGGCCCCCACGCAAGGGGCAAGGAGCCACCCUGUGCCCAAGCCCUGACCCAGCCUCAGGGGCUGCGUGCUGCUGCCCCCCCCCCCCCCCCCCCCAGCUGCCAGCCACCGCUGUGAAAUACAGGCAGCCACCUUCCACGGGGCUGUUUGCUUGGUCUUUCCGCUGCACGCGCUGGGGCGGCUGCUCCGCCACUGCGCUGCAGAGACCCCCAUCCCGCAGCCAUCUGGGGAGGGGGUACCAAGACGAACCCUUGCUAAAGCAGAGAGGGGCCCGGUCCCUACGCCACGGCAGCUGGCCCGGAGCCGGGACUCAGCCCGGGAAGCGCUCGCGGCAAGCGCGGGCAGUGGGGACCGCGUGGCAGCAGCACCUCCCGCCCGGGCACUGAUCCUGCCCUGUGAGCAGCUAGUGCAAACCAGCCGCCCCCGCCAAGAGGUGGGCGCACUGUGCCCAUCGCUCACCACGUGUCUCGCCAGCCCCAGCACCACGCUGGUUGCCACCGCCAGCUGCCCACACUAUGGGCACUCGCCAACAGUGCCAGCGCACACGGCUGAGGGUCUGCCAGUGACCCUGCUCCCGCCGGCCCUGCAGCCCUCGCAACUGGCCUCCAGCACAAAGGCUUUGAUGGGAACACUUCCAUUCUGGUUUUGUUGUGGCACCAGGCAGGCUUGUCUGACUCUGGGAAUUAACCUGCAACGCUGCGGAAUGGCUGCCGCGACCCUGGGCCCGCUGCUCCCCCCCCCCCCCCGCCCCGCGCCCCAGAGAGCGCGUGGAAACCAUCCCCACAGCCCUGCUGCAGCCCCCACCCCAGGGAGCUGGCUGGGUGCAGGGGCUGGGGACAGGCCCCUGCAGCGAGCAGGGAAUCGUUCUUCCCGACGUGCCCGUGCAGCACCCUGCACCAUCGGGGAACUGAUGCAAUGCAAGGAACAGCAGCCUGACUCAUCCUGCACUGACCUGGCUCCCGCACGAUGCUUGAGGUGGGACAGGCCCACACUAAGAAAUAUCAAAAUAAACCAGGUGACGCAAA